AUGGUCAAAUCAACUCAGAUCGCCAGGCUUGAUGGUCUCAUGUUGGCUGCGUCGGUGGACGAUGAACAGGCCGAGGUGGAGCUCUCGGAAAUCAAAGGACAAGCCAAGAUGAUCUUCCGGCGAUUGAGUCGCAAUGCUGCACCGCAAGCUAGUAUUGAAUCGGGCCAGUAUAAUCUACACUAUCUCAUUCAAGAUGAUAUUUGUUUCCUUUGCAUAUGCGAUCGUUCCUAUCCACGCAAGCUAGCAUUUACCUAUCUCGCCGAUCUAGCAACGGAAUUUACCACGACAUACUCGCCCGCACAAUACCAGUCUCCCAAUCUGCGACCCUAUGCCUGCGUAGAGUUUGACACAUUCAUCCAGCGCACCAAGAAGCUUUACCAGGACAGUCGAGCCUCGCAAAACCUUGAUCGGCUUAACGACGAACUUCGAGAUGUAACCAAAGUCAUGACAAAGAAUAUCGAGGAUCUCUUGUACCGAGGCGAUAGCCUGGAAAGGAUGGGUGAGUUGUCGGGACGCUUGCGCGAAGAUAGUAAAAAGUACAGGAAAGCCGCGGUACGCAUCAAUUGGGAGUUGUUGAUGAAACAAUACGGCCCUUUUGCUGGUGUCGGAUUUAUUUUCAUUUUCCUUAUCUGGUGGCGCUUCUUCUGA